UUCGUCAUCAGUCUACCUUGGAACGUCGUGAAGUAAGGGUGUAGCUUUCCUUCGUGAGAGGAUUUACAUGAGUGCUUCAAUAUGGAGUGAGAUAACUCGAUACAUCCCCAUGUGCACGUUGGAGCAAGAUGGUGAGAGAGACUCGGCAUCUCUGGGUAGGAAAUUUACCCGAGAAUAUAAACGCAGACAGAAUUAAGGAACAUUUCAAACGGUAUGGCCCCGUGCAGAGCGUCAAGAUGCUGCCCGGGGGCGUGGGUGGCGAGGAGGGCGGGCAGGGCAUGUGCGCUACGGUGGCUUUCAUGGACAUCUGUGCCGCGGCUAAGGCUCACAAGGCAGACAAUCGUUUGGAAGACCGCUGCCUUAAGACCACCUAUCACGAAGCCUCCCUGACCGCCCUCUCCUCGUCCCAGUACACCCCGGCCAUACACCACCUCCGCGAGCCUCCUGCCCACCCCUACACGCCCACGCCAUCCUCCGCCCCCAACUCCAGCAACCCAGGGCUCGCUUCUCGCAGUCCAAGGUUUUCAGGGUUGUCGGAGGAGCACAGUGGGUACGACCGUUCUAGUCACUUUUAUGAAGGCAGGAGAGAUGAGGGCCUCGGGUACAAUGGCCCAGGAGUCGGCCCUCCUGUGAUGCGCCGCACAUACCCCAAUGACCGGGACCAAGACUUCCCCUCCAGGGGACGCUUGCGAGCGUACAGCCGGGGCCCCUAUGGAGGAGGGAGGCCUGACCAGGGAGACUAUCAGUGGGGGAAUAGCCAGUACCGCUAUAUCCACCAGGACCCUUAUGUUGACGAUAAAGUGGUGGUGCGCAGAGGGACAGUGCCCCCUACGUCGGCCUCCCCUCCUCCCCUCCCCCGGUCCUCGGUGCCCCGGUCCUCCAGGAUCCACUCGGGAAGCAGCAACAUGAGCAAGAGGCGACCGGCCAGCAGAUCCGGCUCAGAGUCGCGAUCAUCAAGUAGGAGCAGCAGCAGUAGCAGCAGUAGUAGCAGUAGUAGUAGGUCAACCUCAAGCAGUUCAAGGUCACCCUCUCCAAGAAGGAUGAGCAUCUCCGGCCUGUCUGGCGGAGGACUCGUCAACUCCGGCGGUGUUGGUCUGACCUUGCCCCAGGAUGAGAAGAGACCGUUGGCCAUCUGUGUGAGGAAUCUUCCACCCUGGUCCACAGAAACAUCAUUGCGAGAAGGGCUGUUCCAUGACUACAAGAAGCAUGGGAAGGUAAUGGCUGUGCGUUUACAGGGUUCUGGCAAUGAACGCUUUGCUGUUGUCUGCUUUAAGAAGCCAGAAGAUGCAGAGAAAGCUCUUGAUGCCUCACGAGAGAAGCUUUUUUUUGGUGUCAAGAUCCAGGUUGCCCCACAUGAAGGAGUUGAGCUGGAUGAGAGUGAAUGUCGAGCUUAUGAUGUGGAGGUGGACGAGUACCAUCCCAAGGCCACCCGGACGCUCUUCAUUGGCAACUUGGAGAAGGAUGUCACAACAGAAGACCUAAAGAAGCAUUUUGAACAGUUUGGGGAAAUUAUUGAAAUCGACAUCAAGAAGCAGAGUGUGUCAACGUUUGCCUUCUGCCAGUAUUCCGACAUCCGCUCUGUGGUGAGAGCCAUGAGGCAGAUGGAUGGGGAGCAUUUGGGGGCCAACCGGAUCAAACUGGGGUUUGGCAAGUCAAUGCCAACCCGUUGUGUCUGGAUUGACGGAGUACCUGAAAACUUGACCGAGAAACAACUGUAUGAACAGUUUUCUCGGUUUGGGCAUGUUAUCCAUACCGUCAUUGAUAGGGAAAAAGGACAUGCUCUCAUCUUCUAUGACACUGAGAAAUAUGCAUCCAGUGCUGUAAUGGAGAUGCGAGGCAGAGUGUUGAAUGGCCGGAAGAUACAAAUUGACUUUGCUUCUCGAGAAUGCCAAGCUGCCUUUUCUGAGCACCUGUCCAAGCAAGGUCCUUCAGUGCCCGCUGAACGGCCGUGGGAGCGGCGGGAAAUUGAGAAGGAGCCUGGCAGGUAUGAGGGCUCCACCACUAGAUACAGCAGAUAUGAACGCACCAGGAGAGAUGGGGCUCCGUUUUCUUCCCGGCCCACUUCCAACAACAGAACGUCUGCCUAUAACUCUACCAACACUCGGACCAGAGGGAGAUACGAGAAUUAUGAUGAGUUUCCCCCUGGGAGAAGUUAUGAUGAAUUCAGCCAAGGCAGUGGGGCUUCAUACGAAGACUCUUAUGAAAGAGAGCUUCGUGAAUAUGCUGGAAGCCAGAGGUACGGUGAUGGUGUUGGGGGUGUUGCCACUACCAAUGCUGUAUCAGGAAAUAGUCGGAGGCACAGCUACAGUCCUGCAAGGAGGCGAGACGAUCCCUCACCAGGCUCCCAGCGAGCUCAUUCUAGAGAUCGCAGCAGCCUAAGUCCAUCGCCUCGUGUCUCUUACGAGGACGGCGAGUCGGGGGGUCGUCGGACUGGCCGGCGCUCCACCAGUGACCAUGACAGCUUUCAUAGCCAGUCUCCUCCUGGGUCUCGCACUGCCUCUCCUCCUCCGCCAGCACGGCCGUCAAAAGGCAGUUCUGCUGUGACGUCGCGUCUAGCGCCGCCCAGGUCACCGGGCACCCCCAUAGCUGCGUCUCCAUCACGGGAGGUGACCCUGCUGGAGGACAGGUCCCUCCCCGACCCUCGGGAUUACCGAAGACGCACCAGUGACCUGAAGGAUCUGGUGGUGAGGGUCAGUGAUGGCAGACGGCCCACCCCUGCUGCACCUGCAGAGUCACCUCACCGCUCCAGCGCCCAUCGGCUCCAUCGCUCGUCCCACACUGAGGAUGGGGAGGAUGUGGUGAGCAGCAGCAGUGGAGGUGCUAGUGGCCCUCAGGACCCCAGGCUGGUGCACCGCAGACUGACCGAAGAUCCUGCUUCCUCCGGGGAUGAAAGACCCUCGGACCAGGAGCGCCCUCAUAAAAAGCCGCGUUACAAUGAUGCCAACUAUGAGAAGGUGGUCAGUGUAAAGCGAUUAGCCGAUAGCAGUGAUUCCAAUAUAAACUUUCGGCGACCUCAUGAUGCCCGGAGGGAAGGGAGGGUGGUAAGGCGAAGUGGGGAGACUUUACCACACCCUUCCAGGCAGUCUGAGGAAGUCCACGAUCCUCGCUAUCGGAGAUCUUCUGUAUCUGAUGCGGACGAUACACACUGGCGCCGCGAUGCCAUUCAUGUGUCUUCCUCGUGUGACGCUCCUGCAGACCACAGUGAUGCCAGUCCACCCGGCACCCCGGUCCGGGACGAGAGGGACGACUCGUCCGACCCCUUGCGCCACACGUCACACCACCACCACCACCAUCACCACCACAACCAUCACCAUCAUCACCAUAGAGAUCGGUAUCACAGCGUUCCCCUCUCUCUACCGCUGCCAAGGUUUGCACAACAAGUCCGUGCCCACCUGUCCCCACGUGCCGCCUCCACUUCCCCUAAAGGUGCAAGCUUGUUGAGGUCUCCGCCCUUCAGCGGGGGAGUGGUGUCAGCUGUCAGAGGAGACUCAAGAGAGGUUGGUAGUGCUGUGGUUGACACUCCUCUCUCACCAGGCCCACGGGACAGCCCCUCCGACUCAGAAGAAUCCCCUCUUCCCUCUCCCUGUAGCCCUUCCAUUGAUUUAGAACAGCGAAUCCGUGCUCUUGACGAAAAGUACGAAAAGUGGUCUGGGUCCUCAAGAGUGGUUGGUAACAACUUGCCUGCAUCAGGAAAUGAAGCUGGUAGUGAUAAUGGAAACAGUGCAGCUGUCAGUGGAAAUAAAAAUGCUCGAUUUGCAAGAAUACUUGAUCUUGAGGAAUUGCGGUCACAGCCGUCCGAUAUUGUUAAAUCUCUUCUUUCAAAAAGGUCAGUCUUUGAUGAGGAUAGUAAGCGACUGGAAAACGUUGGUGAUAAGUAUGAACCCAAGCCCUUCACGUCAGCUCCACGCACCAGUAGGGCAGGGAGUGUCAUGCCAAGCCCUCCUCUGGUCAACACACAUCUUCCUCGCCUUCCUUCUACCCCACCAGCUGUGCCCUCUGCCACACCCAUCAGCAGUCUGCCGGGUGUCAGAUUAUCCAGUCAGCAGGCACAGCUGCAACAGCCUGUCACUUCAAGUCCUUCACAAGUUCCUAGGGUGUUUGUAUCUGUCCCGCAGGUCAGUAAGUCUCAGGGAUUGUCACCGCUACAUAGACCUGCGGUUUCUCAGGCAGUGCGCCCACCUGCCUCCAGCCCUGGCUUUAGUCCUGGUGUCAGUCCCGGUGUCAGUCCUGCCCACCCACCACACAUGUCUCCAGUAACACCAGUCAGCCCUGCACCUCCUAUAACUACCACCUCUUCCAUCACUACUGCCACCAGUACUACCUCAGCAGUCACGCCUCUGAGGCGUGCUCCCGGGACACCUCGAGCAGUCCGGUUAGACUUGCCAGCAGCCGCGGGAGAUGUGGAGGAAGUGUUGGAAGAGGAAUCACCAGGUGGAGUUGUAACAGUUGUAGCCGAUACACGAGUGACAGGCGUGGUGUCCGUUACGGAGUCUGUCUCGAGCAGCAAAUCUGUGCUGACAACCACCUCCAGCCUCCAACAGCCACUGUCCAGCCCUGGUGCACGACCUGACCUUGAUGAGUCUGCACCACAUAAUGUACCUGAGAGGAGAGGUAUUAAUUCUCUCCCAUUAUUAGUAAAAGAAGAACCUCAUACUGAGGAGGCUGAGGACCCUGUACUACAAAGAGUCAAGGUAGAGCAGCCUAGAAUAGAGGAUGCUAAAACCAAAGAUUGUGUAAGGGAAGUUAAUGAAUGUAAGGAAAUGAUCAUAGCUGUUGCCUCAGAAAGCCUUCCUUCACUAGUUAAGGAGGAACCUGUUGCAUCAGAAACUAUAAAGAAUGAGCCAUUGAAAGUUGAAAGCUAUAAACCAGAGUCUAUAAAGGUUGAACCUGUAAAGGUGGAGAACAUCAAGGUGGAAGCAGUGAUGAAGUGUGAAGCCAACAACAAAGAACUCACCAACAACCAUAAACGCAGACACAGCAGCAUUGAAAAUGACCCCCGUUACAAAGUGGAUGUCAAAUCCUUUGAGCCGGACUCCAAGCGUGUCAAGUAUGACGACGAAGAGAAGAUACUUAGAGAGAAGGUGGGCAAGGAGAGAAGGGACUCACGCGACACCAGAGAUAAUAAGAAGAGUGAAAGGGAAAAGAAAAACAGGGGAGGAAGGCGAGAGGAGCUCCAAGAAAACCACAGUGAUAAAAUCAACAACAGGACUUGUGAAAUUAUGGAGAAUAAACAGAAAAGAAAACCCUGCGAGAAUAAAAUGGAAGACAAGAAAGAAGACACCCAUAAGAAAGAAGAGAAGAAAGACAAAAGGAAAGAAAAGAUCGAAGAAAAGCCACACGACAAAAUUGAUCCUCGGACGUUGGAUAAGAUUUGUGAGAGGAAGAAUGAAGACCGGAAAGACAACAGGAAGGAGGAAAAGAAAGAAGAAAGGAAGGAGGAACGAAGGGACGAAAAGAGAGAAGAAAAAUACGAUGACAGAAGAGACGAAAGGAGGGAAGAGAAGAAAGAAGAGAGGAAAGACUCCAUCCGAGAAGAGAGAAAAGAUCCUUUCCGAGAAGAAAGGAAAGACUCCAUUCGAGAGGAGAGGAAGGACUCCAUCCGCGAGGAAAAGAAAGAAUCCCUUCGAGAGGAAAGGAAAGAAUCCAUCCGAGAAGAAAGAAAGGAAUCCAUCCGAGAGGAGAGAAAGGAUUCUAUACGAGAAGAAAGAAAAGAUUCCCUUCGAGAGGACAGAAAGGACUCCAUUAGAGAAGAGAGAGUUAAGAGUGAAGGCGACAAGAGGCGGCACAGUGAAGACAAGAAAUCUGAGCUUCGUGAGCAGAAACACAAAGAGAGGAAAGACAAAUUCAAGGAGAAGGAGAAGCUCAAGACUUCCUCAACAUCAAGGUAUGAGAAAGAAGCCGAAAAAGAACGGAUACGAGAGAAAGAAAGAGAAAGGGAGAAGGAGAAGGAGAGAGAACGUGAAAAAGAGGAGGAAAAGGAGAAGGAAAGAGAGAAAAUGUUGGAGAAGGAGAGAGAAAGGGAAAGAGAAAAAGCAAUUGAGAAGGAAAAAGCUGCUGAAAAGGAGAGAGAAAAGAUGCUCGAGAGAGAACGGGAAAGAGAAAAGGCAAUGGAGAGAGAAAGAGAAAAGGCCAUUGAGAGAGAAAAGAUGGCUGAAAGGGAAAGAGAAAAGGUCCUUGAAAAAGAACGGGAAAAGGCCAUCGAGAGAGAGAGGGAAAAGGCCGCUGAGAAGGAAAGAGAAAAGGCUGUGGAGAAGGACAAGAAGAAGUCCUCAGAAAAAGAAAGGGAGAAAAUUGACAAAGAAAAGGUUUAUGAAAAGGACAGAGACAAAGUUCAAGAAAAGGAACGGGACAGAGACAGAGACCGGGAGAAGGACAAGAUGAGGAGCAACGAGAGACCCCGAGACAGGGACAAGGAGAGGGUACCAAGGGUGAACCACCGUGACGCAACAGAACGAGCUGAUGGAAGGAGAGACAGCAGACACAACAAUGACCGCCACACCGACAAGCGCAGGGACUCUCGGCAUGAAGCGUCCGUAAGACACCACCACAGGUCCUAUGAUAGCCAGGACACCAACGAUACUGCUUCCAAACACAAGAUGCGCAAGACACGCCUCCUGGACACGGAUGAGGAGGACACCCCGGAGGCCAGCAAGGUGUCCUCCAUCCACUACUCCAGUAGCGAGGACACGAUGAUGCCCAACCAUGAGCCCUGCGCCACACGCAUUGAUGACUCAACCCACCGCCCUGACAAAGCAACAGAAGCCCUGCGGGAGGAGUCGGAGGAGAGGCGGGUGGAACGUACAAGAGACAACCGGCGGCGAAAACAUGACUCGGGUAAAAGUGACAAGAGUGACGGAGAAGCCAAGUCGAAGGUGAGCCUGAGCAGAGUGAAAACAACUCCUCCUCAGGCUGUACGACCAAAGCCCUGCCUUGACUCCCAUGAACCCCAGGUGGCUCCCAGUGAUGUGCCAACCUCUGAGGAUGAGGUGUCUAGGGCCAAAGUCACUCCAGCUUCCAGACGAAACAGUACCAGCAAUAAGUCUCACCCACAGCAUGGAAGAAUAGGAGGGACUGGUCAGAAGAAUAAGCAUGUAAACAAGGCAAAGUCUAUAUUUGAUCCUGAGACGGAUUCGUGUGGCAGUCUGACAGGAUCUGGAGGAGAGGAAGACGGGGAGGAGGAGCAGGCACCAAAGAAACAUUCAAUCUUUGACAUCCCUGCUGACGAUGGCAAGUUUGACAUGUACGACAAAGUAAAGGCAAGACGGCUGAAAAGGCAACAGAAACAAGAGGAGGAGAGGCGGCAGCAAGAAAUGAAGCAGUUGCAGAUGCAGAAAUAUCGCCAACAUCAAAGAGCAAGAAAAGAAAAGAAGUCCAUUCAGCCUCUUCACUCUGACAUCUCUGACUCUGAGGAAGAAGGGGAUGGCCACAACCGCGGUCAGAAGCGAGGCCUCGUCAGACCAACCAGCUCAGACGAGGAUGCUCUGCGAAAGAGACGGUCGAUCCACCUAACCUCUGACGAGACUGAUGAAGAUUCCAGAGAAGUUAAAAAGCAGAUGGUAAUUGGCUUGAAGAAAGAUCCAAAGAAUAAAUUAAGGAACAUUUUGGUGUCAGACAUAACCACAGAUGAAGAAGUGACCAUGAACUCUCCAAACUACCAUAGUGGAACUAGGUCCAACUGCAUCAAUGAUGAGUCUGUUGACAUGGUCCACAGUCACCCAGGCAAUAUGUUUAUUGACUCUGAUACUGAGAGUGACGCACACAUCAAGAGGCCCAACAAGUGUGUGCGGCCGCCCGAAUCAGACAGUGAAGUGUCUGACGUUUCCUCUCAUACCAAACCACCUAAGCCAGCAGCCAGGGUGAAGGUUCGAGACAAGGAACGGAAGCCUAGCCGUAUUCGGGAGAAAACAAAGAAGGGCAUAAGCAUCAGCAAAGAGAUCAUCACUACUUCAGAGGACAGCGAUGCAGCGAUGCCAUCCGAGGACUCCCGACCCGUCAGACCCAAGGUCAAGGCGGAAGCAGUGGAGAUCCGACACGACAAGACCCUCUCUCAGUUGCAGAGAGAAAGGAAACGCACAACUGAGAGUACCAUUGUCAGGGAUAAAAUUCCUUCAAAGAAAGAUGAAAGGAUGGAAAUCAUAUUUGGUCAUAUAUCUGAUGAUUCAGAUCCUUCUCCGAACUUACCAAAUGUCUGCUCUGCAUCAGCCACUGCGAAAAGGAAAGGCUCCACCUCCUCAGGAACUUCUACAGCCCCUCCUCCUCUGUCUCCCGCCCAGACGAGACUCACUGUCGGUGAAGUCUACGAUUCAGAUUCUGACGAUCUUCACAUGAUACCGGCAUCCAGUGCACCAAAACACACUCACAUGCAUGGAAAGCCAGCCACACAGGAAGUGUCUCCAAGUACUGAAAGUAAGAUGGAAAAUAAGGUUGACAGCAAAAUGCUAGACUUCAAAACAGAGGAGCGCAGAAGCAUAAAGAAGGAAAGACCGCGGCAUGAUCCACCACCUCCCCCACUAGAUGGACUGAGAACAGUUAUGGAAGUGGAGAAGAGUUGUAGUGGCAAUACCAUCACCAACAAUGCUGCCAGUCCUAGCAUGACUUCUGUAAAUACUAGUCCUGUUGAAGAAAACAGUAGAACAGAUGUGAAAAUGCCAGUGACCAAAGAGGAUCAUGAGUACCAUGACUCGGAGGCUAGCAUCAACUUGGACAUAUUUCGAAUCACUGACGAAGACUACAGUGAACAAAGGGACAAGGAACGCAAGGACAGGAAAAAGAAAAAGAGGCAGAAAAGAGACAAGGACGGCAGUCGUGGUCGGAGGCACCAUCGCCGCGUGGAGGAAGACCGUGUGGGUGAACACAAAGUGGAUCACCAUGGCAUUGAACAUUCCUCUUUGUUAUGUUUGGAUGCAGCUUCUCCCCAGUCACAGGAAAUGCCAUCACCGCGUUUACUCAGUCCCCAAGAAAAGGUAAAAGUAGAUCAUAGAGCACCUGUUCCACUCAGCAGUCCUCACAGCCCACCAGUAGCUGCUCAGCCUGCUACCCCCCUUAGCACUACCACUAAGUGUGCACCAAAGAGUCCUCCAGAACCACCCCCACACCAGAGUCCUCACACUCACACCCUCACACACGAUACUCAGGAAUUAGUAGAAUCCAGAGAGAGCAGUGACAUCUGUGACCUGAAGGAGAGCCGCAGCCCACACCCCCUUGCCACCCUUCCUCCCGAUGCAGCAGAGUCAGCAGUACAAAGUCUUACCACUCAAGUACCCUCUUCAUCACCUUCAACAGGGAAUGAGCCAAUAUUUGAGGACAUCACUGAAGCCUCUAAUCUUAGUGCUCCAGAAUCCACUGUUGAUCCAAAUGCUGCUGCAAACGGGAAAGCUUCAAGGGCUGUCAUCUCCCAGGAAGAGACACUCAAUGCUGUGGCCGGCCUCCUGGCGGCAUGCUAUAAUAACUACAGUGAUGAUGCAAGUGUGCAGCCAAAUGUUGAAGAUACCAUAAUGCCGCCAGAAAAUCCGGCAGUUGCUGAUGAUGCCUUUGAAGAGGCCCAAAAGGCUGCCCAGAUGUUGCAGUGUGAAAUGCCAGGAGAUAGAGAGGAUGGUUGGUCUCAGCCACCACCCCACAAUCCACCAACCUCUCCUGUCAAGAGUACAGAAGAGCCGGAGCCACAGCCAUUGGUGCCUCAGGAGGACAUGGAAGAAGGACAGACUCCUGAAGCAGAGGAAGGGAGGUAUGCACAGCUGCCGCCAGACAGUCCAGGGUCUGUUCAGUCUGAGCCUCCACUUCAGAUUGACGAAGAUCAGCCUGAUCCUACGGACGAUGGAGACUCUUCCAUGCUGACCGCCGAAGACCAAGAAGAUCAGAACAACACUCGGCAUACAGAAAGCGAGUCCAGGAGUCAGUGUCCACCCUGGUCAUCACCACCUAGUGUCACUGCUCCAGAACUGAAGAAAGACAUUGUUAGUGAGAGUAACGACCAAAAGGCAGUGCACUCAGGAAAGGAUGAGAAGGUUCCUCAGAGUCCUGCAGUUCCUUCUCAAAAGUCCACUGACAGUAGCAGUUCAGUAGGUGCUGCCUCGGAGGAACAGAGUCAACUAAAGAGCAGUGGUCCUGAAGUGCCGGUCUCCUCUUCCACUCAGUCAGCAGUAAAGCUGACUGCUGAGGCAACCUUACCAUCAGCAGUAGUGCCACCUUCAAAAACACUUUCCACACUCUCAGCUAGAAAAUACCUGUCAUCUUCAUUGGAUUCUACUAAAUGCAUAGAAACACCAAAGUCCACAACAAUACCAAUUACUAGCACUGUAACUUCCGUACAGUCAUUAUCUGUUGUAGAGAAGCCUGAUAUGGUCUCUUGUAAACCAAAGGAGCCACCACCUCCACCUGUCACUGUAGCAUCACCUUCUCAUAAGAUGGAAAGUUUUGUGUCAGAGAGUUCAGUUGUGUAUUCCACCUCCACCUCAAGUCACACAAAUUCCUUGUUAAGCACUUCAAGCACCACCAUCACUACCACAUCUUCCCUUUCUGCUUGUUCUCGUGUUGUAGAUGAUGUUACUAAAGGAAAAGUAGAUAAUAAUCAAAUAAACAGAAGUGAGACUGUUUCUAGGACAGAGCCAAAUUUGCCUAUCACCAUUCCAUCACACAUUUCUCCAAGAGUAUCCAGUGUGUUUUCAAAGAAUUCAGUGAACACUCCUGUGUAUGCAAGCCCAAAAAUAGUUUCCCCAUCAUUGUACUCCCAGGUUUCCUCUGCAGCACCUUGCAUCACUACAGCCUCAUCAAAGCCCAGUGUCACUCCUGUUUCAGCUUCAGUGUCAUUGGUCAAAGCCACUCAGCCUCCCAUUCCCACCUCUUUUGCUGUAUCCACCUCAGUUUCUGUUCCAGCUCAUAGCAGUGCGGCCACCUCAGUUGUGACGUCCUCUGUUGCAACGGUUGCUUCAGUUCAGACUCCUCCUAUGCUGCCUCCUCCUCAACACACCAUGCCUCCUCUGUACAUCCUCCCUUACCUACACAUCCUCCCACCUCUACACAUACACACACCCCAUCCUCUACACAUCCUAUCUCCUCCAUACAGCUUCCCUCUUCUGUUCAUCCUUCAUCCUCUGUACAUCCUUCUUCCUCAAUACAUCCUUCUUCUUCUGCUUACCCAUCCUCUCUGCAUCCUUCUGCUCAUCCUCCCUCUUCUGCUGUUCCUCCUUCUCCUGCCCAUCCUCCCUCUUCAAAACAUCUUCCUUCAUUACAUCCUCCCUCCUCCGUACCUCCUUCCUCUUCUGCACACCCUCCCUCCUCCACACAUUCUCCCUCCUCUUUACCUUCUUCCUCUUCUGCCCAUCCUCCCUCCUCUGCCCAUCCUCCCUCCUCUGCCCAUCCUCCCUCCUCUGCCCAUCCUCCCUCCUCUGCACAUUCUCCCUCCUCUGCACAUUCUCCCUCUUCUGCACAUCCUCCCUCCUCUGCACAUCCUCCCUCCUCCACACACCCUCCCUCCUCUUCUCAUCCUUCCUCUUCUGUACAUGCUUCCUCUUCUGUACGUCCUUCAUCUUCUGUUCAUCCUCCCUCUUCUACUCAUCCUCCUACUUCUGUACAUCCUUCAUCUUCUGCUCAUCCUCCCUCUGUACAUUCUCCUUCCUCUGUACAUGCUUCCUCUGCAGUACAUCCUCCUUCCUCCAUACAUCCUCCAUCAUCUAUACACUCGCCCUCAUCAACUAUACAUUCCCCCUCUUCUAUACAUUCUCCCUCACCUGUACAAGUGUCAUCAGGUUCCUCCUCUUGCUCACUCACACUUCAUCGUCUCACCUACUACACCAGAUACCAUUUCAGUGUCAAAAUGUACCCCUCCCAUGCCAACCCCCACUUUCAUACCUGUACCCAUUACUGGACCUGUUCCUCCAUCAGUACCUGUUCCAGCCAAAGAACCCAAAACAGCUACAGAGCCUUCUGAAAUCAUUGACACAAAACUUAUCCUUAGUAAAGCAAAUGAUGACAUUAAACGUGAUUCAGAUAAGAUAACCGAACCAUUUAGCAGUGACUCAUUAUCUACUAGCAUACCCUCCUCUAUAACAGACAACAAAGUAAUUGAUUCAAAGAGUAAUUUAGAGCCACAGAUAACAAUGAAUAUGACAGGAAAGGCAGAUAGUGUUAUGAUACAGGCAAAAGAAAUUGAAGGUACACCCUCUGUUAGUGGAAGGCCCACCUCAGAUACCAUUAAAAUUGAGGGACCAAGUAGUAAUAUGUCUGUCGAAAAUGCUUUGGCUAAUCUUCAGACCAUUGUGAGUGAGACGGCUACUCAGCCGGACCUGGAGAAAGCGUCGCAGCCUGACAGAGAAGAGGCAUCCCUGUGCAUGAAGGAGGAGUUCAGCAGCGAAGACUUGCCGCCCAAACCAUCCAGUCCGCCGCAGCCACAAGAUGACUUUGCAAAGCUGGAACAAGUUUGCUCUGAAAUUCAAAACCAAAACCAAGAUUCAACCCCAGAAAACAAGACCAUUGAGUCUGAAGGCAUAUCAGAAAUUGGAGACAAGGAUGCAAAGAUUGAAGACCGUCUGGCCACCACGCCCCGCGGCCGAGGGCGAGGCCGCGGCAGACGCGGGGGAAGGAAAGGUGCCGAGGUGCAGGAAGAUGUGCCAGGUACCGGUCUGCCAGUCACACGUUCUGGGGCAGCCACUCGCAGUAAAGGUCGAGGACGGGGACGCAACACACGCAACAGUGAGAGUCAGAAGGACGGGGUUCAGCCCGACCCUGGCACUCCUGCUCCUGUGGACAAGGCUCUGCCAGAACCAAGGCGCAGCAACAGGACCAAGAGGGCGCGCCGACACCCGGACAUGGUGGACCACGAGGAGACCAGUGGGCGGAGACGAAGGGGUCGGGGCGGUCGAGCUGUUCAGGUAGAGGAGAGCCGCCCUGUGCCCACUCCUGCAGCCUCUGAUGUAUAUGACUUUCAUGAAUCAGAAGAUGAAGAUAUCAACUUGGGGCUUGCUAAGCCCAAGAUCAAAAAGGAACCGACACGGGCUGUUGUCAAUCGCAGUCCGGUCAAGCCCGAGAUGGAAGAAGUUCGCAGAGUGGAGAGUGACGACAUGCGCUCUGCAAUUCCAACAACCAGAAGGUCGGGACGCCUGCGUGACAAGGUACCUGAGGAUGACCUGGCAGUGGAAGGUGAAGAUGGCAACACAAGUGAAUCUAUAGUUAUACUAGAUAGUGUUUCUACUGCACAGCCAUCACCUGUACCCACCACUGUACCUAUUGCCUUACCAACGAGCUUUGCCCCUGUUACACAAAUCAUUCCAGGCAGAGGAAGGGGCAAAGGUAAACAUCGUGAUAUAGACAUUAAGUGUGACGGCGACCUGGACGACGACCUGACAUCCCGCAGGAGUCCACGUGGCCGCUCUCGCCCUCUAGACUCACAGCUGGAAGGUGAAAAGCCUGGAUUUGGUCCACCCAUGACCAUGUCCACCAUCAGCACGGCAGCCACAAGCCUAACCACUGUGGGAAACACACCAACACCCGGUGGAACCGCCUUGGUGACGCCAUCGGCCGAAGAACGCAAGUCCGAGGCUGAACUUGUGGAUCCUGUGACAGGCGUUGUGACAAGAGUAAAGGUGUGUGAAGAAGAGCAGUAUGUCAUUGAUAGUGGAGAGGCGGCAUUACUGCCAACAUCUCAUCCUCUACCAAGUACAGAGAGUCACUCCAAGCCAGUAUUUGUUCCUGCAACUGUCAAUAGCAAUAAUAAUGUAACCACUACCAGUUGUGCCGGUGUAGAAGUACCUCACAUAACCACAAUGGGAAGCUGGUGCAGACCUGGUGUAACAAUGACUGUUGUCAGCAGUAAUGUAGUCAGUCCGCUGAUGAGUGUGGGACGUGACAGGGAAGUUAGCGUUGAGCUGGUGACGCGGCCGCCUCGUCCCUCUCUUCCAGUCACAACACAGUCAAUGGGAAGUGUUCCCACUCUAGUGCCCACGAUGUCGGUCAGUGCCUCACCCAGUGCGACGCAUGCCAUUGCCUCGGCUCACCAGCCAACGCCUGUCCAUUCCAACAUGUCAGCUGUGGUGACUCUAGGGGCCACAUCACGCCCUUCAGCACCUGCGUCAGUCUACCUCAGCAAGAUAAAACCUGGCCAGCCACCUCUAUCACAGCAACAGCAACAGCUGCAGCCACAAAUGCAACAGCAACCAAUUUCACAACAGCAGCAGAACUUGCAGCAGCAGCGAUUACAACCAAAGCAGAUGACACCGCAACAGCAAAUAGCCUCUGUACCUCAUUCCCAGCCACAGGUGAAGUCUACACAGAUAAAGAGUGUGACCGUCGUCUCAACUCCCAAACAACUGGGAAACCACGUACGCAAGACCAGCGUGGGUACACCCGUGUCAGCUUACUAUCCACAGAAGUCCAUACAGACGAACCCAGGAGUGACACUCAGUCCUGUUGUGUCUCGUCCUGCUGUUGUGCCCAAGACCACUACCACCACAGUCAGCAGUCAGCCGCUGUCUUCUGAAUUGGUCAUAGAAGGACGCUCCCAUCCUUCAGCUCCAGCAGGAACAUAUGAGCCUCCACAUCCCAGAGUGGCUCCCACCUCUGCCAUUGAAGACACUCCAGGACACUCCAGAGUAUUUUUGGAAGAGAAACGUCCUGUUCACAGGGAAUACAUUGGGAUGGGAGUUCAUCCACGUUACAGCAACCAGCCGUUUCUGGAACCUCCGCGGGUUGAUGUAACCAGGUUAUCGGGCUCAUCUCCAUCAACUCCAUCUCCUGCUGGCAGGACACACGAGUCAGAACCCCACGCCCCAUCCCACCAUCCUGCCAUAGCCGGAUAUGAAAUACAUGCUGUUGCUGCUGCUGCCCACAGUCACAGUCCAGCUGCCCCAAUGCCUGCUACCUCUGUCCCAGCCACCCCUAAGAGUGGCCUGAGUCACUUCUAUCAUGUUGGGGAUGUUGGAGAGUACCAGCAGCAACAUGUGGCUCUCCACCACCCCCACCAUCCCAAACAACUUAGUGGUGCGGGUGGUGGGGGUGGGAGUAGCAGUGGUGGUGGAGGAAGUGGAGGUGCAAGUGGAGGAGGAGGCAGUAGUACUGGCAGUACUAGUGGAGGAACUGGUAGUGGCAGUGGUGGUGGUGGUGGUGGUGGUGGUGGUAGUAGUGGUGGUGGUGGUGGUAGUGGUGGAGCUGGAGAGCGCUACCGCACGUCACCUCCGCUGUCCACUCCGCCCUCCGCUCACACUCCCCCUCCGGCCCACCAACAUUCCCACCAGGGUGAGAUGAUGCGCAAUGUUCCCCCGCAGUACUUGCAGCAACUCUACCCAUCACAGUACUACCAGAUUUAUGGUGGGGAAAAGAUAAUAACACCAAUGCCACUGGACAUGAAGUUGGAGAAAGGUGAGUCUGAGAAGCACGAGCCACGCUCCGGCACUGGCACCCCUGGCCCUGCUGACUAUCCUCCUCGGCCGAGUGGAGCACCACCAGCAGCGACUCUGGUCCCACGGGGGCAAUCCUCCCCACAUGUGAUGGCGUCUCCACACCACGACCGCUCUACUGACUCUCCACAGGUGGCCAUGGUAUAUUCGAGGCUGUACGACCGCUACUAUUACCCUGGAAGAGCUGGCACUCCUGGGGCGCCUGGCUCAGCAGAACAUGAAGCCCGCAGCCACAUCUCCUCCCCAUCAGCUCCCCCACAUGUGUACCAGACCAUCCCACCCUCUGACGUUCACCACCAGUCAAUGGUCCCAAUAUCCUCCCAGCAGUUCUCAUCUCAACAACUUCCACCGCAGUUACAAGUUCUGCUUCAGGGAUCAGACAUUACUUGGGUUGGACUGCUUGGGCUCAAACAAGAUCAUGCCGCCGUGCAGAUGUUGUAUGUGUCAGGCAGCAAUGACGUGGCCCGGGGAGCCCUGCGUGUGCACCCUGAUGGCUUCACUUCUCCUAUUAGAAUUGGACAACGUAUGAGACUUGAACAGACACAACUUGAAGGAGUAGCCAGAAAAAUUCAGAUGGAGGCUGAACACUGCAUGCUGCUGGCUGUUCCACAUGGACGAGACUCCUAUGACUUCAUUCAGCAGCAGAACAGCCUCCGCAAUGGCAUCAUCAACUACCUGAUAAUGAAGCAGGCUGCUGGCAUUGUCAAUGUCUCGGCGCCAGGAACACACCAGCCUGCCUAUGUGGUUCACAUCUUCCCACCGUGUGAUUUUGCCAAUGAAAACCUUGCCAGAAUUUCACCGGAUUUACUACACCGAGUGGCAGAGAUUUCCUACCUGCUGGUGGUGAUUGCCACCUGCUAAUUGGACUUCUCUCCGUCUCUGACCCCAACAAGACUUUGAGCAGCAGUUCAGUAGUUCACUUGUCUGUCUCGCCAAACUGAUUAUGACUUGCAGUAUCAUGUUUUCCACUUUGAAGUACAUGGAAGCUACAUAUCCGAAUGGGAUUAAAAUUUCAAAUUGAAUGGAAAGUUCCUAAAAUAUUAAAUUGUGGGUGUAUUAAUUUGUAAGGAAAAAACAUUCUGGAAACUAACUUGGAAAUUAGUUAAAACUUAGAGCAAUUAACAGUUAUUAUCUGACGAUGGAUACGCUUAUUGGACCAAAAAGUUUGCACAAUGUGUUUUCAGACAGUGCAUUGGAAAAUGAAAAUUAAUUGUUGGAAAACAAUGAGUGUUUGUGGACAGUGUACUGUGUAAAGGGCAGGUGUAUGUACUGUACAUUGGUGAGUGAUGCUUGUUGUGAGCUAAGAGAAAAAGUGUUGAUAGUAUCAAAGAAAGAAUUUAGUUUUCAUUAACUUUGUAAUUACUGAGAUUCCAAAUUUGGUAAAUGUAAUUAGUUUUGAAUAAUUUCCUCAGAACAAGACAUUUAAAGAUGCCUUAAUACAGGUGUGAUUUAUAUGAAAAUGAGAAAAAAAAGAGCAUUUAUGAGACAUUAAACAGGAAUACAUGUUGUGUUAGAAGACUGUGGAAAUGAUAGAUUAAUGUCACUGUUGUGUUUUUGACUGUUUUGUGUAAGCAGCUUGCAACAUCCAGAUGUUCCUUCAACCACAAUGUAUAUGAACAUAUUAUCAGUCAGCAGUGGUGUGGCCAAGUAUGGUGCAGGGGCCUUGUCUGUUAUGCUACACUGCUGCUUUAAAAGGAUGCACUGAAGGACAUACCAAAUAAACAUUAUCAUGACUCACUUCACAAGAGUGAUGUAUGAGUGUUGUGUAAGUUGUGCAAGACACAAAUUUUGUGUGGCCUAACCAGCCCUGGGCCCAAUGGUGCCCACAUGCCGCCUAUGGUAUUUAGAUGAACUGUAUAGUUGUACAUAUUGACAUGAAUUGUAGAAUAAUUCUUUUUUACUAUUCAUUUUGGUGGAACUGUACUUAAAGAAGCUGCCACAACCACCAUCAUGAAGAGGUGAUUCACACACAGCUUGAUCUUGAAGCACAGGUGAAGCUGUGUGUAUUUCCAAAUGUUAUUCAUGUGUGCACACUGCACUCAGGGUGGCUGUGUGCAGCAUGCUGUUAUUUUGUGUGCAGAUCUACGCAUGAAGUCACCCUGAUUUAUUUAUUAUCAGCCAUCUUGAUCAUAAUUCAUCCAUCUCAUCCACACUCCCCCUCAUAAGCAAUGCUCUUCUUACCAGUUCUUCACAGACAGAUGCACAUACACCAAAUCUUUUACUUCUUAAUUGUGUCAGAGGUAUUUAGUACUUUCUUGGUAUAUAUUGUCUAGCUAAACUUUCUUCCCCUUACUGAUGCUUGCCCCCUUCCUUGCCUUCUCAGCACAGCCCUCAGGAACCUUCUGUUAUCUUGCUGCAGCACUUACACUAAGGCAUCCCAUAAUCCCUGUGUGUCUGCAUUUCUUAGGUGCAUUUCUUCAUUUGUAAAAAUCAUGACCCUCUGUCAUGAAUGUGUUGCAGAUGUAUUUCUUCCGAUAAUGCAGUGGCCACACCAUGAUUUGAACGUUGUCUGGAGCAGAAAGUGCAAUAUGAAAAUUUUUCAUGUUCUGCAGCACUAAUUAUUCAGUAUUUUCAUUACGGCAGGGUCCCAGGAUUACUUCACUGCAUUGCAAUUUUUACACCAUGUACAGUAUUACAUAACAAACCAAGAACAUGUGGUCCACAAUACCAAAAAGUUAGAGAUUAAAGUACUUCUUCCCUUACCUGGCAGAGUAUGACUUGUGGCAAAACAAAAGCAACCAGACACAUACCAUUAUAAUGAGGUGAAAGGACAGCUGAUAGGAAACAUAAACUUCUUGUAGCUACUUUUAGGUGCUCCAGAUCGUUGCAUUCUGUAUACUUUUUAAGUGGAAUAAUUCUUGUUCUUUUCAGUAUUUUUUUUAUUUUUUUUAUUAUUAUUAUUAGUAAAAUUUAUUUUCUUAAGACUGUUUAUGUCUGACUGAAUGCUGAGUUCACUUAUAGAAGAUUUGAAAAUAAAAAUACAGUAAAAAAAAAUAAUAAUUUCUGCGAGGAUAUAGAUUGCAACUGUUCCAAGUGUGUGAGUGGCCAUUGUAUUACUUCUAUGUUAUUUAUUCUGUUGAAAGAUUCUUCAUGGCUUAAAGAAAUAUCAUGCAAACAGGGCUUACAUAUUUUCUUUCUUUUUUUCUUUUAUUUAUUUUGUUUUUUCUCUUCGAAAUACCUAUUAUGUCUUGCUUCUCUAUCCCAAUACUUGAUUAAGGUGUCAGAUUCUCAUAAGGUAAGAAGGCGCUUAAUGCGGAUUAACCUGCCGCUGUUGUCACUUUUUUAGAUAUUUAAAAAAAAACUAUCACAAAGUAUUUGGUUUAGAGUUGAACCUUCUCAUUUCUGCACUAUUUUUUAGUUUCUCAGCAGAAUUCACUAUUGUGUGUUUGCUCAAGAAGUUAGCGGAAUUCUAUUUUAACUCUUUAUUAAUAUUAUGUAUAAUGUGGCAAAUAUAUUUUUGAUGUACAGUUUGAAAAUGUGAAAAAUGUUUAAAUGUAAGUGUACUUGUUAAGUGUUGCAUAAAAGAGAUAUGAAGUGUGUCUGAGGCGUUUGUAAAUAGGUCUAAAAAACUUUUAGGCUGUGAUCCUCAGUUCUCUAGAAGCUUCUUUGGUCAGAAAAUUUAUUGACAAGUCCAGUGACCAAUUUAAAUUAUUUAAAAACCCAAUAAAGAUCACAAUGGAAUA